AUGGACGUCGACGUCCCGUCACAAACUCCGAAUACUGAGCCUGUCCGUGACACCGAGCCGAAAGGAUCAGGUUUACCCGGCAAUCAGAACCUAAUAUCCAGCCAUGGGACAGCUGGCGAUUCUUCCAUGAAAACGGCAACCGCACCGGAGAACGAAAUCUCCAAGGAGAUCUCCGUGAAGGAUACUGGCGUCCAGCAGCCUCUUACACCGAUCCCAGUGACGACAGAGGCCAGGUCGGACUCGGUUGCUCUACUGCUGCAGCCAUCGAAUCCUAUGGUAGUCGACGUCUCCCCCCCUUCGCCACCCAUGAAUACUCCGGAAUCCCGUCCGCUCAACGUGACAGAUGCCCUCAGCUACCUUGAUGCUGUCAAGGUCCAGUUCCAGGACCAGCCGGACGUCUAUAACCAAUUUCUGGACAUUAUGAAGGAAUUUAAGAGCCAGCUGAUCGACACACCAGGUGUUAUACAGCGUGUAUCCCAUCUUUUCUUCGGCCACCCGCAGCUCAUCAUUGGAUUCAACACUUUUUUACCGGCGGGCUACCGUAUCGAAUGCACCUCGGACGGUUCCACGCACAAUCGAAUCACCGUCACCAACAGUGACGGAACCGUUAUCCUUUAUCAACAACCUCCCAUUCUUCCUUCGGAUCGACAUCCCGAACCUCCUUUACCCCCAAGAACCCCCGAUCCCAAAGGUCUUAGCCUUGAUUUGGAUAAGCAGAUAAUGGGCCCUGCUUUCAAUUAUGUUCAGAAGAUCAAGCAACGAUGUGACCCAGACACCUACAAGCAGUUCCUUGACAUUUUAUCACGCUAUCACAAAAAAUCCGAUAACAUCGAUGAAGUAUCCAAACAAAUAGCCAGACUUUUUAAAGAUGACCCUGACCUGAGGGCCGACUUCCAUAUUUUUAUGCCAGAGUCAGUCAUGAUGGACGAAGGCAAGAGAAAGGUUGAUGGAGGACACCUACUUCCGCAGAAGAGAAAGAGGAAGGUUAAAAAACUGAAACCCACUGUCUCCCAAGAGAUUCCUUCCACAUUCAAGUCCGAACGGCGUCAUGCUCUUCCUCCUCCGCUCCCAGACGACUCGCGCUUCUUCGACCGCGUAAAGCAAUCAAUCGAUAGCCGAGAAUCGUACAACGAGUUCCUCAAAGUUGUCAAUCUCUUCACUCAGGGCAUCAUUGACACGGGACGGUUGGUCAAAGAAAGCCGAACUUUCCUUGCAGGAGAUGGCGAAUUGAUGCGGCAGUUCAAGGACAUUCUGGGCUGGGACGAAAAGAAGGAGCGGGACUAUCAUAUAUUCGAGCAAAAUCAGCUCUUCGGAAUGACGAGACCUAUCGUAGCCGGUUUCCAAGAUCGACCUACUAGAAUGGACAUGAGCAUGAAGUACGGCAGCUAUCGUAAGCUGCAUCCUAGUGAGGCUCAUGUCACUUGUUCCGGACGCGACGACAUGUGUCGUUCGGUGCUAAACGACGAAUGGGUCUCUCAUCCAACGUGGACAAGCGAAGAUCCUGCUAUGGUAUCUCAUAAGAAAAACGUCUUCGAAGAAGCCCUCCACCGCAGCGAGGAAGAACGCCACGAAUAUGACUUCCAUAUCGAGGCCAUCGUUCGCACGAUUGCCAUCCUCGAACCCAUCAGCAAUAAAGUUGCACAGUUAAGUGCGGACGAACGAGCCACCUUUAAGCUGAAGCCUAACCUAAAUGGAUCAGCAAAGGCGAUCAAUCACCGAGUGAUCAAGAAGAUUUGGGGUCGAGAGGCAGGACUGGAGGUGAUUCAGGCGAUGCAGGAUUACCCUUCACAGGCGAUUCCUCAAGUGCUUCUCCGGCUGAAGGCCAAGGAGGAGGAAUGGAAGCGGGCGCAGAGGGAGUGGAACAAGGUGUGGCGAGAAGUUGACGCGAGGAAUUACAUCAAAAGUCUCGACCACCAGAGCAUUACGUUCAGGUCGAUAGACAAGAAGGCUACCUCGGUCAAGUCCUUCGUCAACCAGAUUGAGGCAGCGAGGGAGGAACAAAUGGCGAAACGCGCGUCGUUGAUUGAUCCCCUUUUCGCUAGAACUCGACCCUCCCAUCAACUAGAGUUCGUAGUUGAGGACCUGUCCGUGAUACAGGACGGACUAAAGCUGACGUUCUCGUUCUUGGACCGCACUCAAGGGCAGAUCGCACUCACGGAUCGUAAACGGAUAGAGCAGCUUCUCCGCUCGUUUGUUCCGCUAUUCUUCGUUCUGGAUCCUGUGGUGUUCAAUAACGCUUUCCAAGUUGUCCAAGAGACUGCGGAUAGUGAUGUGAGUGAUGCUAGCGAUGCGGAGGUGUCGAGUGUUGGGAGCUCGAAAGGGAGUGGUAAGGGGAGGAAGGGAGGCACAGGAGCGGCUGCGGGUGACUUGAGGAAGAAACUGCUCAAGAGUGAGCAAGCUAAAUCGACGAUCCGGAAAACUAGAGCGCAAGAGGCAGCGUCUCCUUCUCUUUCCAGAGUGCCGUCGCCCGUGCCGGCUGAAGGUAGUCCAGCUGAAGGCCAGCAACGACGUGUCAAGAACACUUUCUUCACGAAUACCCACUUUUAUGUUUUGCUUCGGCUACUCGAGGUCAUGUAUACGCGUCUUUUGAAGUUCCGAAACAUUUCGAACCAGCUUGCGACGGAGGGGCCACAAAAUAAAGCACCCCUCAUCGUUACCGGACUUUCGCCUCAGGCUACCGCUUUCAUCGAGAGCAUGAGCAAUCCUAAUGCGAAUGCGAGCCACUUUUACGAGCUGAUGCUCGAAUCUUGCGAACGCUUGUUUGAUAAUGAAGUAGAGCAGCCAGCGUUUGAGGAACAGAUGCGGCUUAUGUUUGGAGUUAAGGAAGCCUUCAAGAUCUUUACCAUCGACAAGCUGAUCGGAUCGAUUAUCAAACAGGUCCAAGUAAUCCUUGCCGACUCCAAGAGUCAAGAGCUACUAGAAACUCUGAAGCGAGACCGAAGUAUUCCUUCACUCACGACACAAGACUACCUGAAUAGUCGGCAUAACGCCGAAAAGGUGCUUGGGCCGGACGAGAAUCUGUUCCGUAUCGACUGGCUGCCGGAAUCUAAGAAGAUGACGAUGCAGUUGAUUGGGAAGGAUGAUUCCAGCUUUGAUGAUUCGGAGGUAUUGACUGGGCGGUGGCAGGCGUACAUAAAAUCCUAUGCUCAGACUGGUCCGACCACCGAUGUACCCCAAACGAAGAUCAGGCGGCCAUUCCUACGAAAAAAUCUGCCGGCUACUAUUCCAGCCGAAGCGAACAUCAAGACCAGUGAUGGUUUGAAGAUCAAAGUGUGCGUUCGUACGUAUCGACUGUUCUUCGUGUCGGAUUCGGAGGAUUAUUUGUGGAAGAUACGGCAGCAGGAGGAUGUUCAGAAGGCGACGGAGAACCUGCGGGCCAGGAAUGUCCUUCGGAAGAAAUGGUUAGAGAAUUCCUCCAAGCCGGAGCCUGUGCCUUCAUAA